AUGGGGCCCCCGCCUCUGGGGCGCCUCCUUCUGCAGGACGGGGCCUUGCAAGGGGCACAUCUGUGGAUCAGCCCCAAGGAGGCCCCACGUGGCUCUCACACGCUGUCCCCGGACAUCUGUGGAUGGAGUCGGCAGGCCGGCAGGCUCCCAGAAGUGGUCCUGGGUGGAAAGGGUUGGGGUACAGGAGGCGCCACCGGGACCGGGGAUCCCAGGACACUUGGCACAAGGCGGGAAGCCAUCACACCCUGUCUGUGGGAAGCUGCAGGGGACAACACAUGGCGGCCUCAUCUGGCCUCGGUCCCCGGGGUGAGGCGGGCACAACUCUUCACUCAGGACCCGGCCUCCAGCGUGGCGGCUGAGGAGGCCAGGAGGUGUGACACUGGGCCACCGUGUCCCUGGGGCUGGCCAGCCUGCUUGGGGUUUCAGGCCCAGGAAUUCGGAGCCUGGGAGCCGAGAGCAACCAGUGACAGAGUGGCUGUGGGACCGGGGUCCUUCCUGGCCCGCCUCGGGAACCACGCCUGGCCAUCCUGGUGCGUCAGGGAGCUGUACACCGGGGGCCUCCAGGGCCAAUUCAAGCCCAUCCAGAGGAGGUUCUCCUGUGGGAUCCUGGGCUUGGGGCUGGGGAGGGGGGCGCGAGCCUGGGGACAGACAGAUGGGGUCGUGCCGGGUCCCAGCCCCAUCCCAGGUUCAUCCCUUCACCCUCCUGGUUCCGUCCUGUCCCCAGCAGCCACGCCACCCCCUGCCACCCCCACCCUGCCACCCAAACUGAGAGGCUUGUCCCACUCAACUGCCGAGGAGCCCUUGGUCCAGCCUGGGGUGGGGCGGCAGGGGAGGCCAGGCUCUGUGGGUAAAGACCUCCACUCCGCAAGGCGUUCUAGGACUCUCUCCUGUGUCCAUCUCAGCGCUGACGGUCUUCCCUGUGACCUCCCACACCACUCCAAGAAAAGCCAGUUCCCCACAUUCCCUACCCUGCACCUCUCUCUCUCUCUCUCUCCCCCUAGGUCCCCCGGGGGGGCCUUGAGCUCCCCUUCCCCACCCCACCUGUGCCAGGUGUUCUCAGAUUCAGCCCCACCCCUUCUUAUCUGUGGCAGCACCAGGGCCUCCGGGGAAAGCGGGGCGGGGACGGGCUGA